CCACUCUCUGCACUCGCACCACCCACCGCCCGCCAGCACCCACCGCCGUCCCAUGCCCGUCGAGGAGAAGGAGCGCCCGCAAGCGCUCGUGUCGGUGCCGGCCGACGACCCUCAGCCACCCAAGAAGCCGACGCAGGAGCAGGACAAGGUCGCCAAGGCCCGCGAGGAGCUCAAGAAGGACUCGGACGAGCUUAACGAGGAGGAUGCGACGCUCAAGGGCGAGCUCGAGAUGCUCGUAGAGCGGUUACGGGAAUCCGACACGGCGCUGUACCGCCCUGCGCUCGAGUCGCUCCGCACCCUCAUUCGCACCGCGACCUCGUCCAUGACGUCGGUCCCCAAGCCCCUCAAGUUCCUCCGCCCCCACUACGCCGACCUGCAGAAGAUCCACGCCUCGUGGCCCGACGUCGCCCCGGCCCAGUCGACCUCGCAGGCCGUCGUCGACUCGGCCUCGGCAGCCGUCGGCGCCGUCGCGUCCGCAGUCGGGCUCGGCAACGGCGCCGCAGCGGGCGAGGGCGAGGCGGGCAAGGACGCGGCGGCGGCGGCGGCGGCGAGCCAGGACGACAAGAAGGUGCCGUCGAGCGUGACCGACAAGGGCCUGUUUGCCGACAUCCUGUCGGUCCUCGCCAUGACCUACUCGGACUCGGGCAAGCGCGAGACGCUCAAGUACCGGCUCACCGGCGGCAGCGAGGAGGACCCGGGCGUGUGGGGUCACGAAUACGUGCGGCAUCUCGCGGCCGAGAUCGGCGAGGAGUACGACGGCCGCGUCGACAAGGGCGAGUCGACGGCCGACCUGCUCGCGCUCGGCCUGCGCCUCGUGCCGUUCCUCCUGUCGCACAACGCCGAGUCGGACGCCGUCGACCUUCUGCUCGAGCUCGAGGCCAUCAAGGAGAUCGUCCCGUUCGUCAACGCCAACACGUUCUCGCGGGUGUGCCUGUACAUGGUCUCGGCGGUCUCGUACCUGACGCCGCCGGACGACGUCGAGUUUCUGCGCACGGCGCGCGAGAUCUACAAGAAGCACAACCGGUACACCGAGGCGCUCACGCUCGCACUCCGGCUCCAGGACCCCGAGGCGAUCAAGGCCGACUUUGACGCGCCGACCAACCCGGUCAUGAAGCGACAGCUCGCCUACAUCCUCGCACGCCAGCAGGUCGACAUCAAGGACGAGGACGACGAGACGCUGCGCGAGAUCCUCAACAACACCAAGCUGUCCGAGGGCUUCAAGCGGUUCGGCGCCGAGCUGAGCGUCACCGAGCCGCGCUCGCUCGACGACGUGUACAAGAGCCACCUCGAGCCCGGUCGUGCGCCCGCCACGGUCGACUCGGCCAAGCAGAACCUCGCCGGCACGUUCGUCAACGCGUUCGUCAACGCCGGCUUCGGCAACGACAAGCUCAUGGUCGAGGCCGAAGAGGGCCAGAGCUGGAUCUACAAGAACAAGGACCACGGCAUGUUCAGCGCCGCGGCGUCGCUCGGCCUCAGCCUCCUAUGGGACACGGACGUCGGCCUGUCGCACAUCGACAAGUACGCCUACGCGUCCGAGGACCACAUCAAGGCGGGCGCCAUGCUCGCCAACGGCCUCAUCCACUCGGGCGUCCGCACCGAGAUGGACGCCGCACUCGCCCUCCUGUCGGACCACGUCGAGUCGCCGUCGGUCCAGCUCCGCGUCGCGUCCAUCAUCGGCCUCGGCAUCGCGUACGCCGGGUCGCAGCGCGAGGACCUGCGCGACCUCCUCCUCCCGACCCUCCAGGACUCGACCGUGUCGAUGGAGGUCGCGAGCAUGGCGGCGCUCGCGCUCGGCUUCAUCUUUGUCGGGUCGUGCGACGAGGACGUUGCGCUCGGCGUCGCGCAGAGCAUCAUGGAGCGCGACGAGGCGCAGCUCAAGGACAAGUGGGGCCGCUUCCUCGCCCUCGGCCUUGCGCUCCUGUACCUCGGCCGGACAGAGCAGUCCGAGGCGACGGUCGAGGUCCUCAAGACGAUCGAGGCGCCGCUCGGCAAGGUGGCCAUCGCGCUCGUCCAGAUGUCGUCGUACGCGGCGACGGGCAACGUGCUCCAGAUCCAGCAGCUCCUGCAGGCGGCGACCGACCACCUCGACCCGGAGAAGGAGAGCGACCUGCACCAGGCCAUGAGCGUCAUCGGCAUCGCGCUCGUCGCCAUGGGCGAGGACGUCGGGAGCGCCAUGGCGCUGCGGCAGUUCAACCACCUCAUGCACUACGGCGAGCCCGUCGUGCGACGAGCCGUCCCGCUCGCGCUCGGCCUCCUCAGCGCGUCCAACCCGGUCAUGACGAUCCUCGAGACCCUGUCGCGGUACUCGCACGACAACGACCUCGAGGUCGCGACCAACGCCAUCUUUGCCAUGGGCCUCGUCGGCGCCGGGACCAACAACGCCAAGCUCGCGCAGAUGUUGCGCCAGCUCGCGAGCUACUACGCCAAGGAGGCCGACUGCCUGUUCAUGGUGCGCAUCGCGCAGGGCCUCGUCCACAUGGGCAAGGGCACGAUCGGCGUCAACCCGUUCCACACGGACCGGUCGCUCGUGUCGCCCGUCGCCGUGUGCGGCCUACUCGCGACCCUGGUCGGCUUCACCGACACGCGCGCGUUCGUCCUCGACAAGAGCCACUGGAUGCUCUACUUUCUCACGAUGGCCAUGUACCCGCGGUUCCUCAUCACGCUCGACGACCAGACGGGCGAGCUCCUCCCGACGAGCGUCCGCGUUGGCCAGGCCGUCGACGUUGUCGGCCAGGCGGGCAAGCCGCGCACCAUCUCGGGCUUCCAGACGCACACGACGCCGGUGCGGCUCGGGCACACGGAGCGCGCCGAGAUGGCGACCGAGGAGUACAUCCCGUACUCGCACGUCCUCGAAGGCUACGUCAUGCUGGCCAAGAACAAGGGGUACGAGAAGGGCGAGGACGGCGGCGAGGCGAUGGACACGGGCAAGUAGACGCGCGAGCUGAGCCGCACGAGGUGUAAAAAAGCUUUGAACUGCUC